GCGGGUUUAAGUAGGGAGAGGUUGGAACUAUCUGAUCCACGUCCGCUACACAGAACACAUACUGUGCUUUUUUGGCCCAAAGAUAUAUCCUAGGUUCGUUGUUUUUGUUGUUUUAAAUGUAUGUAUGCUCCUGACAAUUUUACACAUUCAGGUUCACAUGAAAAUGUGGCGUUAGUUUAUAAUAAUAGUUCUAGGGCGUCCGGUGAAAAGCUGAAAAGUUUCUACAACAAAGACACGCCUGAAUAUCGAGUAGUGGAACUAGGCAAACAUCACUCAAGGAUAUUUUUCAACAUAUCUGUUUGCAGAGAAUACGCACUGAGAUGAAAGUGAAUGUGGUGUUGAUAGCUGUUCUGCUGGGGUUCUUCUCCGUCUUUUCAGCUCAACUAGAUGGUAAUGAUUGCACCAAGGCUUCAGCUCAGUCCUGUGGUGAAUGUAUUCAGGCUGGUGAAAAAUGUGGCUGGUGCACCUAUGAAGCCUUUCUGAAGCAAGGAGAAUCCAAAUCAACACGCUGUGAUGAAAUUGACGCUUUGAUUAAGAAGGGCUGCCCUAACAUCACUGUGGAAAAUCCUCGAGGUGCAGUGCAGCUCAAUCAGAACAAACCUGUCACAAAUCGUACAAAAGAUGUGGCAGAGAAACUGAAACCGGACCAGAUUACUCAGAUUCAACCUCAGAAUCUCACAGUCAACCUAAGAGCAGGUGAGCCUCAAAAAUUUUCCCUGAAGUUUAAAAGGGCAGAGGAUUAUCCCAUUGACUUGUACUACCUGAUGGACUUGAGUUACUCCAUGAAAGAUGAUUUGGAGAAUGUGAAGAAUUUGGGAACGGACCUGAUGCGCGAGAUGCAGUCAGUCACAUCUGACUUCAGGAUUGGUUUUGGUUCAUUUGUGGAAAAGACUGUGAUGCCAUAUAUCAGUACAACACCUGCUAAGCUGCUGAAUCCAUGCACUUCUGAUCAGAACUGCACAAGCCCCUUCAGCUAUAAAAAUGUACUGAAUCUGACUGAGGAUGGCCGUCGGUUUAACAACCUGGUCAGCCGGCAACAGAUUUCUGGAAACCUUGACUCACCUGAGGGAGGCUUUGAUGCUAUCAUGCAAGUUGCAGUUUGUGGGGAACAGAUUGGUUGGAGAAAUGUUACUCGACUACUAGUCUUUUCCACUGAUGCUGGUUUUCAUUUUGCUGGAGACGGUAAACUGGGUGGCAUUGUGCUUCCCAAUGAUGGAAAAUGCCACCUGAAAGAUAAUAUAUAUACAAUGAGCCAUUACUAUGAUUACCCUUCAAUUGCACACCUUGUACAGAAACUGAGUGACAACAAUAUUCAGACAAUCUUUGCUGUAACUGAGGAAUUCCAACCUGUCUAUAAGGAGCUUAAAAACCUCAUCCCAAAGUCUGCUGUGGGAACAUUGUCUGCGAACUCCAGUAAUGUGAUCAGACUUAUCAUUGAUGCCUACAAUUCUCUUUCAUCUGAGGUGAUCCUGGAGAACAGCAAGCUGCCUGAGGGAGUGUCCAUCUCAUACGUGUCCCACUGCAAGAAUGGAGUGAGUGAAACAGGAGACAAUGGAAGAAAGUGCUCAAACAUCUCUAUCGGUGAUGAGGUAACCUUUGACAUAGCCAUAACAACUAAGGGCUGCCCAUCACAGGGUAAACAAGAGGUAAUAACGAUCAAGCCUCUAGGCUUCAGUGAGGAGGUAGUGAUUGCUCUAAACUUCAUCUGUGAGUGUAAUUGUUCCAAACAAGGUAUCCCCAAUAGUGAAGUGUGUCACUUUGGCAAUGGAACCCUCGAGUGUGGGGCAUGCAGAUGCAAUGAGGGGCGUAUUGGAAGAGUUUGUGAAUGUAGCAAAGAUGAUGUCAGGGCAGAGGAUCUUGAUGCAAACUGCCGCAUGGAUAAUGGCACAGAUAUCUGUAGCAACAACGGGGACUGUAUAUGUGGAACAUGUGAAUGCAAGAAGCGAGACAACCCAGAGGAGCGCUAUGAAGGGAAGUACUGUGAAUGUGACAACUUCAACUGUGACCGAUCGAACAACAAGCUAUGUGGAGGUCAUGGCCAGUGUGUCUGCAGAGUGUGUGUAUGUGAUGCAAACUACACAGGCAGUGCAUGUGACUGCCCACUGGACAAGCAGCCCUGUGUGGCCAGUAAUGGGCAGAUAUGUAAUGGUCGUGGCAAUUGUGCCUGUGGAGUGUGUAAAUGCACUGACCCAAAGUUCCAGGGUCCCACCUGUGAGAUUUGUCCCACUUGUCCUGGAGUCUGCACAGAACACAAACCCUGUGUUCAGUGCCGUGCAUUUAACACUGGAGAGAUGAAAGAUAAAUGUGAAGAGAAAUGCAACUACUUUAAACUAAAUAAGGUGAAGGAAAAGGAGCAACUUCCUCAGCCAAACAGUCAGCCCUACCUCACUCACUGCAAAGAGCGUGAUGCCGAUGACUGCUGGUUCUUCUUCACUUAUGCCACCAAGAAUGACAGUGCUGAGGUUUAUGUGGUUGAGAAGCGGGAAUGCCCUACUGGUCCUGACAUUAUCCCAAUCGUAGCGGGUUUGGUUGCAGGCAUCGUUCUUAUCGGUCUGGCCCUGCUUUUCAUCUGGAAGCUGCUCAUGAUUAUUCAUGACCGCAGAGAGUUUGCAAAGUUUGAGAAGGAGAAGAUGAAUGCCAAGUGGGAUGCGGGUGAGAAUCCCAUCUAUAAGAGUGCAGUGACUACAGUGGUCAAUCCCAAAUAUGAGGGAAAGUGAGGGACAUAUGGUCUUUCCCAAACACUGUAUGCAAAUAAUUUCAGGAGCAAAGGAGGAUGUCUUGUGUUCACUUGUCCUUUUUUUUUUUUUUUUUUUUUAAUGAUUACACACAUUUGUUAGCUGUGCAUUCUCCACAACUUGAUUUAUAAUCUGCUUAUUUUGUAUUUCAGUGUGUUGCAUACUGAAUGCAUUAUGUUGUGUUUUUUUUUUAAUGUUUAUUUUAAUAAUUUUUUUCUAAUUAUUUUAAAAUUUAUUUUUGGUCUUGUCACAGGACUGGAUUUGGGUUUUUUUAAGCAAGUUCUGUCUUCUGCAUAGAGUAAUAUUAUCCAGUUUUGAUGUUUUCCAUUUCUUAUCUCAGACUUUUCCGGCAAUGCACAUUUGUGUAUUUCAAAGCACAAAUGUGUAUUUCAGUUGUCUUCAUAUAUCCGGGCUGAGAAACACUGCUACAAUAGUACAUGGUUACAAUAGUGUCAAAAACUGUCUCAUUAGUGAAAACACUAUUUUAGUUAACCCUGUAAGCUUGAUGAUAUGUAUAAUCACAUGUUCUUCACUGAUUUAAAAAAAAAAAAAAAUCCCAACCACUGGUGUAGCAUGUAGCAGGCCACUGGUUUGGAAGUGCGUUGUGCUGUGUUCUUAAUUCGGUCAUUGUGGUCCCCAAUUAGCUUUUUUCCUUUUCCUUAUACUCCUGAUUCAGCUGUGUUAAAGGCUGAAAUACAAGAAAAAGUGCACUGGAGAAGGCUUAGCAUAGAAACAUAGCUGUGUUCUAUGUAUCCUGCAUGUAGCCCUGUGUAUUUUUGGAGGCUAUGGUGUUUGGAUCUAUUUUCAGGAAAGUUAGGACUGCUGUCUGUGGAUAUACUUUGAGAUGCACUCAAUAAGUUUAUAUAUUUAUGUUUUCAUUUCAUGUUGCCAUUUUAUGGUUCAAAUAAUAAAUUAUCCCUUACCCUUUCAGCACAGAAUUCCAUUCUGAAUAGAUAUGAUUGCAGUGUCACUAUUGCAUAGUGGACUGGAUUCUAAACUGUUUGACUGCAAAACAUUGAUCUGAAUGUGGGUGCACCUCAGGGACAUGAACAACAGUAGGAUUCAUUUGAAUGUAUUCAGACAGAUGUUUAGCACUCAAAAAAUUUAAAUGUAUAUGUUGUGUAUAACAACUUCAAGUCUUCAAAACUUUGAUGCUCAGGUUUCUAAUUUCUCUUGACCAUGAAAACCAAAUAUUGGUCUUUUUGGAGCCCAAUUUUCAUGCCAUAUUUGUUACCAGAAGUAGAGUUGGAGAACUUGCUUACUUUGUAUUGAACUAUAUUUUUUUCACUGCUGUCUAGAUAUCCAUCCUCCUUGGGCCUAUGCUUGCAGGACAAGGUGCAAUCAGAUGUUAUGCAAUAAUUGUUCAUGAGAAUUUUUACUGUCUUUUAAUACUGUUGAAUAUUAAAACCACAUGCUCCCAGACUGCAUUUUAAAAGUACUCUUAAUUCUGCAUUAUGCUUAUGAUUGUUUCAGUAGUUAUUUAUUAAUAAAAAUAAAAAAAAAACUCAUUUGUUUUCCAUGUGUUAAAAAUAAAAGCCCUUGAUCAUUUUGCAGAUA